AUGCAUGAUUUAAUAAGAGAUUUGGGCAUCGGCAUUACAAGGAAGAGCCCUCGGUUCGUGGUCAAGGCUGGUAUCGAAAUAAAGGGGUCAAUUGGUGAUGAAGAAUUUACUGAAGAGGCUGAGAAAAUAUCAUUCAUGAGAAGUGAAAUUGAAAUGCUUUCGGGCGAACCAAACGGCCCAAAACUCUCCACAUUGUUCUUGCAAAUGAGCCCUCUCUCAGGCAACAUUUCUCAUUGCUUCUUCAAUAGCAUGAACAGCCUCAGAGUUCUCGACCUCUCUUACACUCAAAUUGAGUAUGUGCCAGAAUCAGUUUCAAACUCGAAGAACCUACAUGCAUUCUUAUUAAAUGGUUGUAUGAGACUAAGGGAGGUGCCGUCCUUAGCAAAGCUCGAGCGUCUAAGAAUUUUGAACGUCUCUGAUACUUGCAUCAAAGUACCAGAUGGGAUGAAAUGUUUGGUCAACCUCAAAGAGCUUUAUGUUUCAUCUGCUGAAGAGAGAAAUGUUGUUGGUUGUAAUUCCUUAGUGCUUCCUGAUAGUAUUGUCAAGUUAGAGAUGCAUUGA